GGGCUCUUAGACAAACCAACAGCAGCUUCUUCUGACAUAUACACACGCACACUCACCCCGGACACACUCUCAGCACACUUUUCCUCCGUUUGAUUAACAGUGCUGCACACACAAUGAUUACGGGAAAGCGUAAAUAAAUACGGAAAGGGGUGCUUAUUUUGACUACUGGAAGAGCUUUGCUGGGUCUCAGCGCAACUUUUGUUUUUUUAUUCCUGAGAAGGUGAUCUCUCCAAGCGGUUCUCUCACACAAGGAUUCUUUAAAAAAGGAAGAGAGACAAGGAGGGGGGGAGGACAAUCUUUCACUUUAAGAACGGCUGGGCUCAAAGAUAAAAGGAAGGGAAAAGCAGCAGCAGCAGCAGCAGCAGCAGGGAAACCAACGCUGCAGCACUUCCGAAAGGCAUUUUUGAUCCAUUUCUGAGUGCUGCGGCCCGUUUCUCCACCGAAGUUGGCUCCAGCUCUAGCAGCCGCAUUGGAUCCCACAGCUUACUGCGAGACUCCGGUGUACAAUCCGGAUCUCUGCCCCAACAUGAUUGCGGCCCAGGCCAAGCUGGUCUACCAUCUGAAUAAAUACUACAACGAAAAAUGCCAAGCCAGGAAAGCUGCCAUUGCCAAAACUAUCCGGGAAGUCUGCAAAGUAGUUUCCGACGUACUGAAGGAAGUGGAAGUGCAGGAGCCACGGUUCAUCAGCUCCCUCAACGAGCUGGACAAUCGCUACGAGGGCCUCGAGGUCAUCUCCCCCACCGAAUUUGAAGUGGUGCUUUAUCUCAACCAAAUGGGGGUGUUCAACUUCGUGGACGAUGGCUCACUGCCCGGCUGCGCGGUGCUGAAGUUGAGCGACGGGCGCAAGAGGAGCAUGUCCCUCUGGGUGGAAUUCAUUACCGCCUCCGGCUACCUCUCGGCGCGCAAAAUCCGGUCCAGGUUUCAGACGCUGGUGGCUCAAGCGGUAGACAAAUGUAGCUACCGGGAUGUGGUAAAGAUGGUGGCAGACACCAGCGAAGUGAAACUGAGAAUCCGAGAUAGGUACGUGGUGCAGAUCACGCCGGCCUUUAAAUGCACCGGGAUCUGGCCGAGGAGUGCUGCCCACUGGCCACUUCCCCACAUCCCCUGGCCGGGACCCAACCGGGUGGCGGAGGUCAAGGCGGAAGGUUUCAAUCUCUUGUCCAAGGAGUGCCACUCCUUGGCCGGCAAGCAGAGCUCGGCGGAGAGCGACGCCUGGGUGCUGCAGUUCGCGGAGGCAGAGAACAGACUGCAGAUGGGGGGCUGCAGAAAGAAGUGUCUCUCCAUCCUCAAAACCUUAAGGGAUCGUCACCUUGAACUGCCGGGCCAGCCCUUGAACAAUUACCAUAUGAAGACUCUGGUUUCCUACGAGUGUGAAAAGCAUCCCCGAGAGUCGGACUGGGACGAGUCUUGCCUGGGUGAUCGGCUGAACGGGAUUUUGCUGCAACUUAUCUCCUGCCUGCAGUGCCGGCGGUGUCCCCACUACUUUCUACCGAACUUAGAUCUGUUUCAAGGCAAACCUCACUCAGCUCUGGAAAACGCUGCCAAACAAACGUGGCGACUGGCAAGAGAGAUCCUGACCAACCCGAAAAGUUUGGAAAAACUCUAGAGGAUGAUUUAAUCAAGAGCCGAAAUUAUCACCCUUCUCAAAGUCCUUAUUAAGUGUAAACUUCUGUUCAAUUCCUAAUAUUCCACUCCGCAGUGCAAACAAUCUCUUCCUUUAAAAAGGAAUAAUAAUACAAUAUUUAAACAUCAUCUCACCCAACCCCACAAGGGGAGAAAAAGUAGGGGAAGCUGAUGGAGAAAAACCCAAAGCCACUAGUAUUAGAAGACUUCUUUCCACACGAUUUCCUAUCUCCCUUGAAAAGUACACCGUAACACUCCGUAAACAGCCCAGCUGUAACGCCAGACCGCGACAAACACUCUGCCUAACUAUCAAAGGAUUAUAGCAAUCCUGAUGAUUUAGGUGCAUCUGUAUGUGAGUAAACACGAUUUGGAUAUGCCAUCUGAAAGAAACUGUAAUGUAUAUUUUGAUUUGUAACAAAUAUUGUGAUCUCACAUUGUCUUUGAAAGUGUGGAUGUUGGUGUUUUGUGAUUUGGUGAACAGAGCUUAAAUUGCCAUUCUGGAUACUUCCAGACAUUUUCCACUAACAAAGAUAUCAUUUAAAGGUAGAUUUCCUCCUGGUACUUUUAUCUGUCUUUGAAAGUGUCUGAACUUUAAAAAGUUUACAUUUUGUUUCAAAUAUUGCUUGCUCUAUUUCUAACAUUCCAUAAAUAUACUUGAAAUGUUAUUUAAAUAUAUUCAAAGAAAUUUGAAUUCAGCUUAUAUAAUAACGCUUGAAUAUCUGAAUUAUAUAUUUGAAAAAUGCACUUGAAAUACACUGGAUAAUUACUUUUGUGAUUUAGAUUUUAAUUUGUUGCUGGUUUUUAUUUAAUUAGAUGCUAAUAAAU